CGUUCUAUCACGCAGGUAAAUAAGUUCGGAGGAGAGGGGUUGAUAGUAUCGCUGUUUUCCAGAAGGUUCAACAGGUUUGUCUUCCCCCCCACCCCCUCAGAGUGACGCUUCAAGGACUUCAUUUAUUAUUAUUUUUCUCUUUUAUUUUGUCUGGUUCAGAGCAGUUGUUGUGUUUUCAUCGACUAAAGAUUGGCUGUGAAUAAUUUAAUAUUGAGACAACGGCAGUCGAGGGAGCGCCUGGCACACCUGGAGAUAUUUUCCGUCUAAACACUUACAUAAAAAAAAAGGAGCAGAAGUCAGGUCCUCGUGUUGGUGAAUACACAACAUUCCUCUAGGGGUAUUAGGAGUUCUCGGAGCAGACAUCGUAACAGAUAGUUGCAGAGUUUCUUCUGUGUUUUAACUACGACGUCCUGACCAUCAUCUAAGCACUGAGACGCACGACUCUCUCCUUAAUCCGUUAACAAACACAUUUGUAAGCAUUCUAGUCAGCAAAACCCCACACCUACCCGUGCACACGCAAGCUUCAGGCACUGUCACCAGAGCUCAUAAGUUCACACGGUCUACAGAACUGGGGCAUGAGGAAACACGUGUGGAGGGUGAUGGAGGGCAAGACGAAGCCGAUGCGGGUGCUGGUGACGGGCGGCAGUGGCCUCGUGGGGAAAGCCAUAGAGCGCGUGGUGAAGCAGGAAGGAGGAGCCAGAGAAGGGGAGGAGUGGAUCUUCCUCAGCUCAAAAGAGGCGGACCUGACAAACGCAGCCGAGACGAGGGCCAUCUUCGAGAAGCAUCGACCCACGCACAUUAUUCACCUCGCCGCCAAGGUGGGCGGGCUCUUCCUGCACUUGAGAGAGAACCUAGAUUUCUGGAGGAAGAACCUGGCCAUCAACGAGAACGUGCUGCAAAUGGCUCACGAGUUCGACGUGGUGAAAGUCGUCUCGUGUUUGUCUACGUGCAUUUUUCCGGAUAAAACCACCUACCCCAUUGAUGAGACAAUGAUCCAUAACGGUCCUCCUCAUGAGUCGAACUGGGGUUACGCCUACGCCAAGAGGAUGGUCGACGUACACAACAGGGCCUGUUUUAAGCAGCAUGGACGCCGAUACACAGCUGUCAUUCCAACAAACAUUUUUGGUCCACAUGACAACUUCAACAUCGAGGACGGUCACGUCUUACCUGCACUCGUCCACAAGACCUACAAGGCAAAGAGGGACGGAACAGCUCUGGAGGUUUGGGGUUGUGGUCAAGGACUACGCCAGUUCAUCUUCUCUGUAGACUUGGCUCGGCUCUGCCUGUGGGUGCUGAGAGAAUACGACGAAAUCGAGCCCAUCAUUCUCUCAGUCGGAGAAGAGGAGGAGAUGACCAUUAAAGAUGUCGCCAAUGCGAUCGUGGACGCUUUCGACUUUACAGGACCUGUGAUUUAUGACACGAGCAAAUCCGACGGUCAGUUGAAGAAAACGGCGAGUAACGCUAAACUGAGACGCUACCUUCCUAAUUUUACCUUCACUCCGUUCCAUACAGCCGUGAAGGAGACGUGCGACUGGUUCGCUAAUAAUUACGACGCCGCUCGCAAAUGACGGUCCUGCCCGAGCCGGCGAGUGGCGUGCUCUCUACACGUCAUCUGCGAAAACUCUUCUGUCAAAAGAUUUAUUCUUAACCUUCAACAAUAAAAAUCAAAUCAUGUCUGUUUACAGAUCAGCUUUAAUAAUCAAAACAUUGUGCCUUUUAUAAAAUCUGAUUUACAGUAAUAUAAAAAUAAAGUUUUCACCUUUUGAUUUGAAAUCUGG